AUGGCGAAUACUCGGCAUCCUGACUCGGGAGUUAACAACCUGCCACAGAUCUACAAGAUACGCACGCAAGCCUCGGCCUCGCCACCGUCUGGUUACGAUUGCCACGGGGUAGCAAGGCCCACUGUGGCUUCAGCAAGUGACGGAAUGUACAUUGCAUGGAAAGACUGCCUGCUGCUUGCAAUGCUCAAUGUCCACCUGUUCUUAGAACGAGAUUUGAAGAGCACAGCACGGAAGGAAAUCCCCGCAGUCCCGAACCCACCCGAGGCAAUAAUCCCAGCAGCUGUCACCAAUCAAUUAGGCUCCCUAAGGGAGAUCGCCGUUAAGAGAUGUGGACCUGAAGAUCCAUAUCACGCAUUUGACUUGCCACAACGAGCGACCAUAGAUGCGACGGUUGGUGGGCAUGACUUGGGAGGAAUGCCGAAGCAAUUGUCUGCUGAGGUGUCUUCACCAAGCAUUUCUGGAUCUGAGCUAGGACUGCCAAUCCGGAUGGUUGAUCUACAUAUUUGGCCAAAACAUGCUAUGGCUGUGAUGCCCUCAGUGAUAUGUCGAUCUGCGAAUGACAAAAGGAGAGCCGGGUCAGGGACCUCUGCGCCAUGGUGGAUCAUGUGGGGAAUAUUGAACGGCUACCCAAAGAAUAGUUCCUAUGGGAUAAGGCUUAUUCUCCAUCCUAAUGGGGCAAACGUUGAUAAGCAGCAGAGGCGAGUUGGUCACGCAAGGAUACCAUUACAGUCGUCAGUGCUACUACCCCUGCCUAUGCUAGAUGAUCCGUCUUACGCCUAUUGUACCCACAACAAUCCGCUUGGGCGAAUUUUGCGACAGGUAAUCCCAAAAUCAGAGAAAGGGAGCCACGAGAGACCCACGGUAGGGACAGCAAGGGCCGGAAUGCCAGACUCAUCUACUGUCUGGACGCGCGUUGUCUGCAAUGAUCUACUCAAUUUACCUGGUUUGUCUAUCUUCCCAGCAUGGCUGUCAGGCUACUUAUUGCCUUGGUUGUCUGUUGGAAAUCAUGUCGAAAAUCAUCUGUGCCAUUGUCCCUGA